CACACACACACACACGCACGCGCGCGCACGCACACACAAGACGUCAGUAGCGAGCACGAGCAAGGAAAGCGCAGGAGCAAUUUCUUUAGUCGCUCGGUCACUCAGUGUUUGUUGUGUUCUUAAUACAUCCUGACAGAUUUUAGACGGAACCAUCGGGCUAUACCCAUGCUGGAGAUUUGGCUUUGUUUCUUCCCGCAAAUGCAAAAGAAAAAAAUAUGCAACGAAGCAUCGUUCUGCUCUGCACCAGCGUUAUCGGACUAUGCUUUGGUUCGAGUUUUCCAAGUAAUAUCAACAUAGGAGGAUUAUUUCCUACCGAGUCACACGAAUAUGAAGUGUUUCGAUUUGCGCUUUCGCAUCAUCAGGACAUUCCCAAACUGGUACCUCAAGUAGAUAUGGUGAAGAUGGGCAACAGCUUCUCCAUGACUUAUGCCUUUUGUUCGCAGUUCGCAAAAGGAGUGUAUGCCAUCAUUGGUGUGUACGACAGGAAGACGGUGAGCAUGCUGAUGUCAUUUUGUGGUGCGCUGCACGUCUGUUUUGUGACACCCAGCUUUCCCAUUGAGACCUCCAACCAAUUUGUGAUUCAACUGCGGCCCGAGUUGCAGGACGCCUUGGUUGGAGUCAUUGAACACUACAAGUGGACCAAGUUUAUCUACAUGUAUAGCUCCGAUUCAGGUCUAAUUGUUUUGCAAAAGGUAUUAGACACAGCAGCAGAGCGUAACUGGCUGGUGACCUCAGUGAAUGUGGAGACCAUGACCGAAGCAUCCUUUCUUAAAGUCUUUCAGGACCUAGACAAGAGGAAGGAAGGCCAAAUCAUAAUUGAUUGUGAGCUUGAGCGCCUCAACUCCAUCCUAAAAAAGAUUUUAGACCUGGGAAAAAACAUCAAGAGCUAUCACUACAUACUGGCAAACCUGGGCUUUCUGGACAUUGACCUGACUGAGUUUAGGAAAGGUGAGGCUAAUGUGACAGGCUUUCAGCUUGUGAACUAUGCAGAUCCGGGUGUUAGCAGGAUAGUUCAGCAGUGGCUGGACUUUGACAAUAGAGACUCCAAAGUUCCAAAGAAAGGACUCAAGUACACUGGAGCGCUCACUUAUGAUGGUGUUAAAGUGAUGUCUACAGCUUUUCAGAAUCUCCGCAGGCAGAGGAUUGACAUAUCACGGCGUGGCAAUGCUGGUGAAUGCCUUGCAAACCCACCAGCCCCCUGGGGCCAGGGCAUUGACAUUCAGAGAGCGUUACAGCAGGUUCGGAUUGAAGGUAUAACAGGACACAUACAGUUUAAUGAGAAAGGCCGACGUAUUAACUACACCAUCAGUGUGAUGGAGUUGAAGGCCACAGGGGCAAAGAAGGUAGGAUACUGGAAUGAGGAUGAGAAAUUUGUGAGCACAGCAGCGUACAUGUCUGGAAGCAAUGACACCUAUGGAUUUCAGAACCGCACAUACAUUGUCACCACCAUCUUGGAAUCUCCGUACGUGAUGUUAAAGAAAAAUCAUGAAAAGCUUUUAGGAAAUGAUAAGUAUGAAGGCUACUGUGUGGAGCUGGCAGCAGAAAUAGCCAAGCAUGUGGGAUAUGAUUACAAACUCAAGAUUGUUGCUGAUGGGAAGUAUGGAGCCAGGGAUCCAGAGACGAAAAUGUGGAAUGGGAUGGUUGGGGAACUUGUGUAUGGAAAAGCUGAUGUUGCAGUGGCACCACUGACCAUCACAUUGGUGAGAGAGGAAGUCAUUGACUUCUCCAAGCCCUUCAUGAGCCUGGGCAUUUCAAUUAUGAUCAAGAAACCCACCAAGUCCAAACCAGGAGUCUUCUCUUUUCUUGACCCACUGGCCUAUGAGAUUUGGAUGUGUAUUGUAUUUGCAUACAUUGGCGUGAGUGUGGUACUCUUUCUGGUCAGCCGUUUUAGCCCAUAUGAGUGGCAUGCUGAGGACUGUGAGGAAGGUGUGGAGGCCAAUACUAACCAGGCUGGAUCUUUGUCAUGCCAAAAUGUACAAAAUCAGGCCCAACAGAGCCAGGAACAGUCCAAUGAGUUUGGCAUCUUCAACAGCCUCUGGUUCUCACUAGGAGCGUUCAUGCAGCAAGGCUGUGACAUCUCACCCAGAUCUCUUUCUGGCCGGAUUGUUGGUGGUGUCUGGUGGUUCUUCACCCUCAUCAUCAUUUCUUCCUACACAGCUAACCUGGCAGCCUUUCUCACUGUAGAGAGAAUGGUCUCCCCAAUCGAGAGUGCUGAAGACUUAGCCAAGCAGACAGAGAUCGCUUAUGGUACACUUGAUGCUGGCUCAACCAAAGAGUUCUUCAGAAGAUCGAAGAUUGCUGUGUUUGAAAAGAUGUGGUCCUAUAUGAAGUCAACCCCAUCUGUGUUUGUAAAGACCACUGAUGAAGGAGUGAUUAAAGUUAGGAAAUCUAAAGGAAAAUAUGCGUAUCUGCUGGAGUCAACAAUGAAUGAAUAUAUUGAGCAGCGCAAACCCUGUGAUACCAUGAAAGUGGGAGGGAAUUUGGACUCUAAGGGUUAUGGUGUUGCCACACCAAAAGGCUCCCCACUCAGAAACCGAGUGAACCUGGCAGUGUUGAAACUGAAUGAGCAGGGCCUGUUGGACAAAUUGAAAAACAAAUGGUGGUACGACAAGGGCGAGUGCGGCAGCGGGGGAGGCGAUUCAAAGGACAAGACAAGUGCAUUGAGUCUCAGUAAUGUGGCUGGAGUUUUUUACAUUCUAAUCGGAGGCCUGGGCCUGGCCAUGCUGGUGGCACUGGUGGAAUUCUGCUACAAAUCAAGGACCGAGUCUCGCAGGAUGAAGCAAUCCAUCAAUGAUGCCAUGCACUGCACCACACUGACCCGGAUGAGUGGCAAUGGCAGCGGUGGGGAGAACGGCCGCAUCAUUGCACAUGACUUCCCAAAAGCUGUGCAGACAUUACCGUGCAUGAGUCACACAGCCGCCAUGGGCCUUGGAGCCUCAGGCAUGUGACUGGUACUACACAACUGAACAGGGAUGCUCCAUACUGCCAAAAUGCACUCUUAGACUGCUCUCUGCAAAACCAACUACCCAUAAAACGAUUUUCUUCUAUAAGAAAAAAAAACCCACAUGUUUUGUUGGAGAGAAAAGAAGACAAGAGACAAAGAUAUGCAGUGCAAUAUGAUGCUGAGGGGACACUUUUUGGUAGUGUUUCUUUACAAAAUGUGUUAAUGCCAUGCCAGUCUAACAAAGCUGUUUACUUCUGUCUGUAAGUGUGCAAUAUUUUGUUUUUACCACUGUUUUUAAUGUUGUCUCCCAACUUAUUUCCUCUAGGAAAUAUGUGGAUUACAAACUAGGAUCACAUAAAAUAUGUGGUAUUUUGCACAUAUUACUAUAUGGCUCAUAUGUUGUAAUGACUAAUAAAGAAAGUGUAUUAUAUGGAGUAAACUUAAAAAAAAAUGCACAUAGAACCUAGAACUAGUGGAUAAAGUGGCUGAUUUCCCUCCAUCAUUAACUUUGCUUAGCCUAAUUAAAAAAUACAUAUCAGAUUGUCAAUCUGUUAAUAGUGUAAAUAGUCUGAAGUGAAUCUUAACCUGAGCAAUGGGAGAGCAUUUGUUGUUGAUCAGUAGAGCAUAGCAUACUGAACAUGUUAAUUAUCUUGCUGUGUAUUUAUUUUUUAUUUAUUUUUUCACCUCAACAACCUUGCAUUGCUGCUACGCCUCAUUUAAGGUGCCAUACCUCA